UUCAACUCAGGAACAUAAAGAUAUUGUGCGUGCAAGUGAACGGUCAAUAAACAACAGAAAUACGUUGAAGUGUGCAAGUUUUUGUUUGUCAACAAAAGAGUCCGUUCAAAAAUGGAGUUGGCAGGAAUGGUUUGCGAAGAUUAAAACGUAUAAAGUAAUGAAACUUUUGUGGUAAGUAAACAAUUUUGUUAUAAUGCAGUGUUCUUGAAGUUUGUCUUGAUAUUGUGAGUAGAGAAGGCAUUGAAAAAUUAAAACACGAAACCAUUUAAAAGAACAUUAAUGUGGAUGUCUUGGAAGAGUAUAGCUGAUGUUAUGGAUUACAAUGAUUCGUCAAAUUUGCGUUGUUGUAUAACGAUUCUCUUUGAUUGAAACCCUGUACUUUGAUUUUCACCUUCUAAAAUGUACGUGGCAUAGGUUGAUUAAAACGAUAUAUCAUGUGGAAUAAACUGCACACGAGUAUCAAGGCUUCUUUUAUGAGCGAUUAUAUUAUGUCAGGUAGGCAAGAAUAAUGCCUUUUUAAUUGGGAAUAUCUCUUUCAGCAUUAAAGAUUGCGUUCAAGCAAGUUUCGUCUAUUGCUUUUAUGGAAUCGCAACAUUUGCAAACUUAGAAUUAUUUCCGUUGUAUGCUGCCACUUCCAAUGAAUAUCAUGGUAUGAGUCUUUCUACAUCCGAAAUUGGUUUAGUAUUAUUGAUAGUAGCUGCUUUUUUUCUUCCAUUCCAGUUUUUGGUCACGCCUAGAGUUUUCAUGAGAAUUCACCUUUUAUUAGCGUUCGUUUGUCCAUGGACACCAAUCCUUGUUGAAAUCAUCUCAGAUAGAACUGGUCUAUGGAUCGCUGUUGCAUUCGUUUUAUUCUUGCAACAUGCAUGUAUGUCAACUGGAUUUGUUGCAAUUAAUAUCCUAAUCAAUAAUACAGUGCCACCAGAUUCAUUUUGGAUCUGCAAAUGGUUUUUCAAUGAUCUUUUUGUCAGUUGGAAGAAUUAUCGCACCAAUUGCCAUUGGUCUCUCACAAACAUCAAAGACGUAUCAUUGAAUACUGAUCCUAUAGGAUUUCCAUGCAAUCACUACUUUUCAUUUUUUGUUUUGUCGCCUUUGUUUACAUCCAAUGGCAUCUUUGCUUCAACACUUUCACCAGCAUUGAACAAAAAAAGAGUAAUCCAAUUGGAAUCAGAACCUGAACAAGAUUGUAGUACGAUACAUUCUAAAACAGAUACCGAGGAUUAACGAACAAAACAAUUUUAUGGAAGGGGCUACAAAACAACUCAAGUAAGAUCUCCGUCAUUGAUGUUACGCUUCAUCCUCACACAUUCUGAAUAACAGUGCGUUAUAUCCAGACCACUCAGAAGGUCAAGGUAGAAGAAAUUAUACCCACUUUAUCGCAACAAUAUAGGCAACCUGUUUAUAAAUAAUUACUUUUUUAUAAUUUGCUACAUUUUUAAAGGCAAAAGUAUACAUAUGUAGAUAUUUUUAGUAUUCUUU